UAGAUUCAGUUCUAAUCAUUGUGAAGAUUUACUUAGUCCGCUAAAGUUCUAAGACUUUAGCAACUAUAGCUUGCUACCUACAUACAUUUCGUCCUUUUAACGGAUAACGGUUCAAAACUUGGAUAUUAUAAUUGUUUUGUGGAUUGAAUACGAAUUGUUGGAUUAAAUCUGUGUCCUUUUGAAAUAUAAGCUAAAAAUGGAGUGCAAGCAGUUCUUAACGCUUUUCUUAUUACUAGCUGUGUUUGAUAGUUAUUUGGCGGAAUCUCCAAAGAUUCCCGACUACAUUCACAUUUGCCAUCGAAGCGAUCCCAAAAUCAAUGAGUGCAUUCGAAACACUGUUCACGAUAUGAGACCGUAUUUGGGUGAUGGUAUUAAAGAACUCAAUGUUCCUCCAUUAGAACCUCUUUAUAUUGGUGAUCUAAACAUAUUGGAUGGUGGACAAAAUGGCUUUACUAUUAAAACGAAAAAUUUGAAUAUUUUUGGUGCUGCAAACUUUGAAAUCAAGAAGUUGACUGCACUAGACCAAGGUAGACACAUAGAUUUUGAAAUGGUUCUACCAAGACUCCAUGGAGAAGGGACUUACGAUGUUAGUGGGCAGCUUUUGGCACUCCCUCUUAAAGGCAAUGGAAGAUUUAGCGGAAAUUUUACUAACUUUACUGCAUUCGUAAAAGUAUUGUUUGAUAUUAAAACUGACAAGGAUAAUGUUGAUCGUGUUGGCAUUCAGAAUUUAGAAGUAAAAAUUAAAAUGGGAAAAGGACGAAUUCGUUUGUAUAAUUUGUUCAAUGGUGACAAAACACUUGGCGAUAUCAUCAAUGAAACAAUCAAUCAGAAUUUCGAGACAUUCACUAUGGAAUUAAUUCCACCAAUUGAACGUGCUUUGGAGAAGAAAUUCUUUACGAUAGCUGGUAAAAUUAUGGAAACAUUUACUUAUGAUGAACUUUUCCCUGUGUAAAAGAGGACAUAAAACUCAGCAUUAUCUCAGGAUGUGAUAGCUUUUUAUAUACACAUAAGAAAAAAAACGAAAAUUUACAUUUUUAAAU